GCGUCGCCGCACGAAUGAGUGCGCCAGUUGCGAUACUGGCACGUUCGCCGUUGCCGACUGCGACAAUUGCAUGGAGGAUGAUGCGAUGUACCUCAGCGCGAGUGCAAGCGUGAGCGACACCAGGAUCUACGUCAACAAGGACACCGACUUGGGCGGAUUCGCUCCGUCCGUCGGAGAUUCAAUCACGAUUUCGAAGUGCUGCUGUGAAAGCGCUAGCGACCACGGUACGUUCGUCAUCACAGGCGCCGCGCCUACCAUUCCUGCCAACUCCUUCGACAUUCCGGCAUUGACCAUGGAUUUCAGCCAGUUCGAUCGUGUUACUAAGACUUGUUCUUCGACAGAUGGAGUUGGCUAUCCCAGCUUCUUCCCGUGCGGAUGUGGCUCCGAGGUUUGUGGCGAGUCAACGAAGUGCGAUAUUACCGGCAAUGGUGGUUGCGGCGCUUGCAUCCCCACGACUUUGCCGACACCUGCCCCGACAGUGUCGGCCAAGGGUGACCCGCAUUUGGUCAAUCUGAAUGGGGAGCACUUCGACGUGAACCACGGAGGGGAAUUCGUUCUCCUGCGGAUCCCCCAGAACAUUCUCAAGCCCGCCGAGGUGGAGCUGAAGGCUACAAUCCUCCCCGAGCACGGGAAGCCGUGUACCACAUACAUCACCGAGGUGGAGCUCGCAGGCAGUUGGCUCGGCAGCAAGGUUGUGCAGGUGCGCUCCUACCUCAGGUCGCAUGCCAAGAACGAGACCGACAAAUUCCUGGGCCUCCGCGUGCUGGAUCGAUCCCCCAACGCGCUUGCCGACGAGGCCCCUUGGGAGAAACUCUCGCAGUGGGCCGACGCGAGCUACGUCGUCUCAGAGCCUCAGACGAAGGAUGGCUUCGGGGUGACCGUGUCCACGGCGAAGUGGCACAGCAAGAAGGACGCCAGGGAGGAUGUGCCGACCGUGGCAGGGCAGGUCGAGAUCCAGGUGAAGAAUAAGUUGUUGAGCAGCGAGCCCACGAAGUUCGUCAUUCGCCAGGACCUUCCCAGGCAGGAGCACCUGAAUCUGGCCGUGCGUCGCCUGAGCUCGCUGGGCCGCGCGGACGUUGGCGGCUUGCUUGGGUUCGACGCGCACCCUGAGUCCCUGGAGGAUGUCACGCCCGAGUGCCAGCGCCACAGGGACGGUCUCGACCGCGAGACUGGCCCCCGCCACAACAAGCCAGACUGGAAGGUCCGCUGGGAGAAGAUCAGGGAGCAGCGCAUGCAGCCGCGCCACACCGACAGCCUGAACGACAACGAGGCUGCCGCCAGCCUUGCCAACAGGGAUAUGAUGUGCGUGUGCCCCGGUGACACCUCUGGCGGCCUCGCAGAGGACGUGUUCGUUGAGGGCCUGGUUGGCGGCGAUCACAACGGUGGCGUCCUCGUCGAGUUUCAGACGGGUAGGCUCGCCGAGGCGACGUGGGACUGAGGCACAGGUGCAUCGACCGGCUGGUGGCCGGAUUCGCAGACCCUUUUGUACACCUUCUCAGAGGGCAUUCGAGCCAGGGAGUGCAGGG